CCCGCAACUGUUUUGCUCGAUUCGUUUAUUGAAUAAUAAGUGAAUAGGCUCUCUACAGAACUUUUGAGAAGAGAGCGGGAGAGUUGGACGUAUAGAGAAUAGGCAUUGAUUUCUUCUCACCUUUUAUCUCGACCAAUAAAAAAGUUGGAUUGAAUCAAUUUUGAGAAAUCUCACUCCCGGCUCGAACAAGACCGGACCUUAAUUUCCCUUUUUUUUAUUGUUAUAUAAUAACUAAAACAACGAGAAAAGAGCUCAAAAAGAAAUAUCUAUAGAUAGAAUAUUUUAUAAUGUGUGAUAAACGUGCUUUAUAGAAAAGAUAUACUGAUUUUAUUAGUUCGUGAAAAAACAAGCGAACAAAUUGACUUUCACAGAAUACUCUUUAAAAAAAUCACGAACGAACCUGAAAGCAUGACUGCACAAACAUAUGAUCCAAUUUAUAUUCAAUCAAAUGACGGUGAAUUCUAUUAUCAUCUGAAUUCUGGCGGCUUAAAGAAUAUGAUUGCUCAGCCUAAAGAACUCUUCAAACCUUGGAAACAAUUUAAUUCUUCCGAUAAGAGACAUCCUAAUCUAAAUGUUACUACUUUUUGUGAUGGCCUAAAUAGGGUUACUUCGGAUAUGACAGAUUCUGCUAAAAUGAUGAAAUAUUGGGCUAUGUAUCUACCUAAGAGGCCAGUUAAUGGUUUACUAAAAGCAAGAAGAGGCAAGAAAUCGCAAGGGGAGCGCUGUCGAACCCUUUCAAGAUGUGAAGCUGUUCAGAUAACAGAAGAUCAAGUGGCUUCUCUCAAUUCUGACGACGAAAAUAAAUCUCAUUUCUCUUCAAUCGAUAUUGAAAAGCCUACUAUUCCAGAACCAAUUAAACAAAAAGAAGUAUCUGUUCUUUGUCUUUACAAAGCAAAGAGAUCUAAAUUCUACUUGGAUCAAAGAAAGAAAGAAGAAGAGAUGCGCAAAAGCGGAAAACCCGUUUGGCAAAUUGUAAAUCUAAGCCAAACGAAUGAUCAACAAACUGAGGCCAAAUUUAAAUCUGUAUCAAACUACCUUCCUAAAAGGGCUCAAGAAGAUAGAGAUAAGUCAUUAAGAUCCAAAAGUGUAGUGGAAGUUAGUCAUCAAACUUUCACUUUACCCCAGGAAGCUUCUGUUCUCAAAGCUGAAAAAAGUGAUUUCCGAGGCUUUAAGACUAGUCGAUCUACACAUGCAACUCAUACUGUUUCAACCCCAACGGCAAAAUCACCUCUUUCUUCGCUUUUUAGUAAUAAUAUCCACUCUAUCCCAAUAACAGAACGUUCUAGAACGUUUCACAAAAUAUCAACAGCCAUAAAUAGGAAUAACACCUCUGAAACAAGAAAAUCACACUCAAAUAGCACGGAAGAGAAACUCAAAACGGAGUUACCGUUGAUUUCGAAGAAAAGUACUCCAGAGAUGGAGAUUAUAGAUUUACCAGUAAAUAAUCAAGGCAUGUCAUCUUUUGAUAAACUAAAUACAGGUCAAAAACCAAAGAGCUCGUCUGGAGAUAAAAAACGACCGGAAACUAGUGUUCCUAUGUUUGAUCAAGAAUUUUAUGUAAGUUUUCAACACGCAAAAUUUGGAAGAAAUCCAACAAAAGAUAAAAAAAGGAAGAAAAUGAUUUAUGGGAAAGAGAAUAUCAAAAAAUUUCUUAAUGUUUCCAUUUAGAGCCCAAUUAAGACACACCUUUAAUUAUUCGACUUGUAAAUCAACAUAAAAUUACAAAUUCUCUUAUAUAAUUUCAUAUAUAGCGACAAAUAUUACUUUAGUUAAUAUAAAAAAAUUCUCGCCUGUUUAUUUGCAACAGUCAGAAAAAAUUGAGAGCGCGAGCGAAAGAGACAGAAUAGAAAUAGAAAGAGAGAGAGAGAGAGAGAGAGAGAGAGCACAUAUUCUGUUAAAGAUUAAAAGAAGAAACAUAUAUGAAAUUAUAUACUUAAAAUAUCUUUGUAAAUAUGUAUAAAACAGUGAAUAUAAAAUAAAAAAUCAAUAAUAAGUGAAAUAUGAGGGAUUUAUAAAAGGAAUAACACACAAAUCAAUGGCAUAAAGACUUAUUCAAAAUGUAGGUAAACACAUUUUGUAUAUUUACAAGAGAAUUAUGGCUCCAAAGUGUGAACCGAAGAUUAAAUAUGAUAGUUAAAUAAAUCAAUCAACUGCACACUAUAACAGUAUAUUUACUGAAAGUUGAUGCACCUAUAGAUCCCUAAUGAAGGAGACGUGAAGAAUCUAUUUUGGGUACCCUAAGACAAGAAUAUGAUCGCUAUUUCUUUCUUUUUAAGGUUCUUUAUACAAUUCAGGUUAAUUAAUUUUGAUAAAAUAAAAGCAAAUAUGAAAUUAGAGACACUUUUUCACUCGAUCGCUAGAAACAGAAAUAGCUCAAUUAGUGAUUGAUGUUAAAGGAAAUAUAGGAUAUUCUAAAUGAAGGCUUGGCAUAAGGUUAUAAAAAAGAAUUGUAUAUUGAGCUAACAAAAAAAACCUCCUCCAUUUGAUUUGAUCUGAAAUAAUCAAUGACUUUUAAGUUUUGAUUUUUAAAUGCUUAUUGUUUAAUAUUGAAUAUUCAACGCGUUGAAAAAAAAACAUUAAAUUCAUAUUGGGAAGACUAUAAUCCGAUCGGGUAUGAUGAUUGUGAUUCAUUCGUUUAUACGUAUUUUCGAAUACUAAUAAUGUUAUAUAUUUUUACGGAAAAAUAAAAUACAUUAACUAUCUACUAUAA